AUGUUCUCUACACAAACUGUCGAUCCUUUGUGGCCCAAUACGGCAAACAAACCAUCAGUGACUGUUUGGUGCAGAUGGAAACUUACAUUUUGUGACUAUAUUGAAUUACAUUUGGCCCUGAACCCCAGCGUGCGUCUAUCAGAGGAUCAGCAAAUCAAGUUACUUCGACAACAUCUCGGUUUCGAAGGCCAGAGGCACUUCAAUGCCCUACGCAUAUAUGCGAAAAAUUCUCAGGAUGACGCAUUGAAAGCUCUCUAUGGACUUUGGGUCCUUCGAGUGCAUUUGCAUACCGCCCGAUGUACAUUACAAAUUCCACCAACAAGCGGAGGAAACGGUUGA